CGGGCAGAAACGGCGAGCGGCCGGUGCGUCGGCGGCCGCUCGCCGCCAGUGGUGCAGAGCGGUGACCAGCGGCGGCCGGCGGCGCGGCGCGGCGCGGCACCAUGGAGCCUCCGACACACCAGGGAUACGGGCCGGACCAAAUGUUCUGCCUUCGCUGGAGCAACCACCAAACCAAUAUGCUCAAUGUUUUCAACCAGUUGCGCUACAACGAGAGUUUCGUGGACGUGACACUGGCCGUGGACGGCCGGGUGCUGAAGGCGCACAAGAUGGUGCUCUCCGCCUGCUCGCCCUACUUCCAGAAGAUGUUCGAGAUGACGCCCGACAAGCACCCGGUGGUCUUCAUCGACCGCGUCCACUACCAGGACAUGAAGCGGCUGCUCGAGUUCAUGUACCGCGGCGAGGUAUCGAUCGACCAGGAGACGCUGAACCGCUUCCUGAAGGUGGCGCGCAGUCUGCGGAUACGCGGCCUCACCGAGAUCGAGGAGCCGGGCGGCGGCGGCGGCAGCAGCCUCUCGCCGAGCGCCGGCACGCUGGAGGACCUGGCGCGGCACCGGCUGGCCGAACAGAUGGCCGCCGCCGCGCUGGCAGAGUGCCGCCAGCGGGCCGCCGACGGCACCGGCGCGCAGGGCGCCGCGCGCCGGCCGGCGCCCUGCUCUCCGGCCGACCAGGCAGCGCGCAAGGCCGCGCGCCGCGACUCCGAGUCCCGACCGGGCCCCGGCUCAGAGCACGGCCCGGGCCCCGGCUCCGAGCAGGACCUGGGCCCCGGUCCGGGGUCCACCCCAGAGCAGGGUCUGGGCCCGGGCCCGGGCCCCUGCGCGGCGCCGGCCGCCACUCCCGACCUGGAGGCGCGCACGGCAGCACCGGCCGGCCAGCCCAACGGCGACCCGCUGCCCGACGGAGACGGCCCCAGGCGGCCACCCGGAGACGGAGCGGCAGCGCCGGAAGGCAGAGACGGCGCGCCGUCGGUGUCGGUCGUGAAGAGGGAGGCGGAGGCGGAGAGGACGGCGUCAGACGACCCGCCGGUCCCGCUGGCACCCAAACACGAGCGAGCCGACGUGUUCUGCCAGCCGGACUUUUGGAUCUCGGACGGCAUCUACGUGGCUGGCGAGAACGGCGCGUCGGCGGGCGGCGCGCGGCCGGCGGCCAGCCCGCCGCCGGCCGGCCUGGACGAUACGCCGCUCUCGCCCGAGGACCAGAGCUCGCUGCUCGACUACGUGACACAUGAGGACGGCUCCGUCACCUGCAAACUCUGCGGCGAACAGGUGCCCAGCCGCAACCACUGGUAUCGCCACAAGUACCGCACGCACGCCUGGCAUACGUACCGCUGCGACGAGUGCGCCAUCACGUACAAGUCCAAGCGCGGCUUCGAGGCGCACCUGGAGGCCAAGCACGAGCGACGCGGCGCCGAGCGCGAGCCGGCGCGCCGGCGCGACUGGGAGGGCGUGGCGCGCGCGCUCGAGGACACGCGCAAAAAGAAGGAGGAGGAGCUGGUGAGCGACAUCAUUAACCGGGUGAAGCGCGAGUGCGCCAUGGAGGGCGAGGACUACACGCGCCGCGGCUACGUCAAACACUUUUGAGCGCGCGCCGCUGGCCCCGUGAUGGCCCAGCCACGCCAAACGUCUGUACAAAUCGCUGUCGGUCCGCUCCCCUUUUCAAUCUCUGUGUGUACCGUGUCGGCUGGGCGGGGCCGGGCGCCGGCAGUGCUCAGCGGCGCCCAGCCCGCCGCCGCCGGCCGCGGCGCCGGGCCGCGGGCCACUCGGCCCACCGGCCGGCAGCAAUUUAAAUCAUACUCAUAUUGUCCUUUUCGUGUAAGAUACUUAGCUGUAGUCGGUGACAUUAGCUCAAUCAUACAGAGAUUACAUUUUACCAUUCUUAUGGCGGUGCUAAAGAGAUUACAAUUUCAUCAAGAGAA